CCCUUCAACUCCAAAUGUACCAUCCUCACCGAGGCGGUAAUGAACGUUAUCGGGAAAGAGGGAGUGGAUGUUAUGGGCAUUGGGCCCAGCAGCCUAGACACAUCUAUGCUGCAAUUGACUCAUAUGCGUGAUGAUGAUCAGCAAGAUACUGAAAACAACAUGACCACGUGCACCUCAAGUGGUGCGAUGUCCACUCCAGUUUCAGUAAAUCAGAAAAGAAGAUAUACCCCAUCAGUGUCUGAGAAUGGCUCUAGUAGCUCAGCUAUUUCUCCUCGAGACGAGCCUUCACAUUCAUGUUGCAGUCACUGCAGUCUGCAUGAGAUUAAGCGUCUGAAGAAGAGGAAGCUAGAACUUCAAAUACGGUUCUAUGAGGCUCAGUUGGCGCUAUUGGGCGAGGAGUAA